AUGUCUUCCCGGCUUCACAUCCUGACCACGCCCCCUCAAUUACAUUUAAAGUUACUUUGUCAGCAGUUUUAUUAUAAUUGUUCACAUUUUCUGUCUGUAGAGUCAUCAGAUGGAGCUCUGCCCAGUCCUGAAGGAGACAAGCAACUGACACAUACCGAGGAUCAGGAGCUAAAAUCUCGAGGGCAAUGGGGGAGCAGGACGGAAUUCAUUUUGUCCGUCGUGGGUGGAAUCAUCGGAUUGGGGAACAUCUGGAGGUUUCCAUAUCUGUGCUACAAAAAUGGUGGAGGGGCAUUCCUUAUCCCAUAUGUCAUUUUCAUGGUCACCUGUGGAAUUCCCAUGUUCUUUCUUGAGAUCGCAGUGGGACAAUAUACUGCGCAAGGGCCAACCACCGCCUGGUUAAAAAUAUGUCCUCUCUUCUCUGGUAUCGGAUAUGCUAUGAUGGUUAUGUGUUUCCUAUCUAAUAUUUACUAUAUUGUGAUCUUGGCUUGGGCAUUCUUCUAUCUGUUUAACUCCUUCACAGCCAGAUUACCCUGGGCAUCCUGCAAUAACACCUGGAACACAGAAAAUUGUGUGGAGUUUGUUAACAAGACAGAAAACUGGGGCAAAAAUCAAACAAUCCCAGGGAGCAGCAAUCAGACAAGCCCAGAGGUGGAAUUCUGGGAGAGACGAACUCUGGGGAUCUCAGAGGGUAUCCACGAUCUCGGAUCUAUCCGCUGGGAGCUGGCGCUGUGUCUCCUCCUUGCCUGGAUCAUAUGCUAUUUCUGUAUCUGGAAGGGGGUCAAAUCCACUGGGAAGGUUGUAUAUUUCACAGCCACCUUUCCCUAUCUUAUGCUAAUUAUCCUGCUGGUUCGAGGGGUCACCCUCCCUGGAGCGUACGAUGGAAUAAUGUUCUAUUUAUACCCGGAUACUUCUCGUCUUAAGGACCCCCAGGUGUGGAUAGAUGCUGGCACGCAAAUUUUUUACUCCUAUGCCAUCGCAAUGGGCUUUACUAUCAGUCUCGGAAGUUAUAAUCCCUAUAACUACAAUUGUUACAGAGACUGCAUCUGUUUGUGUUUCUUGGACAGUAUAACCAGCUUCAUUGGGGGAUUUGCCAUCUUCUCCGUCCUGGGGUUCAUGGCACAGGAGCAAGGUGUGCACAUUUCUAUGGUGGCAGAGUCAGGACCCGGAUUGGCUUUUAUCGCGUACCCCAAGGCGGUGACUAUGAUGCCCGUCUCACAGCUCUGGUCCUGCCUCUUUUUCAUCAUGAUCAUCCUGCUUGGUCUGGACAGCCAGUUCAUUUACAUUGAAGCAUUGUGCUUGUCCAUCACCGAUAUGUACCCAACUGUUCUGCGCAAGGGCUACCGGAGAGAGCUGCUGGUUCUGGCUACGUCCAUCAUCUGCUUCUUAUUGGGCCUGUUAAUUGUGUCUCAGGGAGGAAUGUAUAUCUUCCAGUUAUUCGAUUAUUAUGCCACCAGCGGAAUUUGCCUUCUCUUUGUGGGGAUAUUUGAGUGUAUCUGCAUUGGCUGGGUAUAUGGGGCAGACCGCUUCUAUGAUAAUAUCCAGGACAUGAUUGGCUAUCGCCCCUGGCCCCUGCUGAAGAUCUUCUGGGUGGCAGUGAGCCCGGCCAUGUGCCUGGGGACGUUCCUUUUUGCUAUCAUCAAGUACAUGCCCUUGAAGUAUAAUAACAUAUACGUGUACCCACCAUGGGGCUACGCCAUUGGCUGGCUCAUGGCUAUUGCCUCCAUGAUCUGCAUCCCUGUUUGGGCAAUUUAUACAAUACUCAGGACAGACGGAUCCUUCAGGGAGAGGCUGCGUAAAGUUGUUUCGCCGGCGGAUAAUCUUCCACAACCAAAAGUGCUAGCAGAGAAAUCGACAUCCUGCCAAUCCUCCUUUGGUUCUAGAAUGCGGUCCUCCAACCUUUCAGAACUCGCCUGCGACAAACCUCUAAAAGUGACUUCACUGUAACAGUGCUGAAUUAUGAGGCUACUGCAUACUCUGCAUUGUAUUAUUUCACAAGAUCUGCUUGCUUGGCCAUGAGGCCCAUGAAGAAAUGAAGGUUGAUGUUCAGGACUGACACAAAGGCAUCUCAUUUUUUAACUUAGUGAUCAGUCACUUAGUUAAGCAGAUCUUUAACAAGCCUUCCCCUGCCAAGUGCUCUGAACUCAGUUUUGUAUUUUCAGCUCACUAGAGGAAGUUAAGAACGUGAUGGACUUCUGGGAGGACCAAUAUAUAUUUUUCUAUGCCUGCAGUGCAUUUAAAGACAAGAUACAGGAAAAUGUGCAUGUAUUGCAGAUAUGUACUGAAUAUGUUUGUUUGCUUUGCCUUAACAUAAACUUCAACCUAUUAAUCUACA